CGCCUCGCAGACCAAUGCCCUCCUGCGCAAAAAUCUCAUCUUCCAGAGGUGUCAGGCCAUGUUUCAUCAUCUUGCAGAAACGUAACAGGAAGGCAACCAUUCGGCUAAUAAUAGUUCCGAUAUACCUCUGUCUAUUGCUCAGCAUCCUUCAACGAGUCAUCAACAAUUUGUUGGACAAACCAAAAUACAAGUGUGGCUGCAAGUGUGUUAAUGUGAACGGUUCAGUUCCGUGCCAAAAUGUGUGCGGAAUUCAGUACUCUACACUGGAUCAGGCUGGCAGUUGCCCUAUACCAAAUCCUCCAGAAUGGCCUACUCUCCUGCAAGUGCCCCGCCCCGAGUAUCGUGCCAUCCAGGAUUCCUCUAAAUUGUUCACAGGCCUUCCGGAUGCAUCAUGCAGAAAAUCACAAUCCUGCCCGGCCAGUAUUCCCUUCACGGGAGCAAAUGAAAGUCUAUCUACUAGUGUCAUGCAGAACAUGUUCACAGACUCGCCACUUACAAAUAUUUCUGAUUUUACAAGCAUAUCUACUCUUCUCCUUGGGACAGAUGUAUCAGGUACUUCUAGGGGCUUCAUUGAUCCUGCUUUUAUCUCGGGUGCACCCAUUUAUGUACUUCAAUCUCAAUGCAAGCCCAUGGAUUCAGUUACGGUCCACACUACCAUUGAUGCUGUUAAUGUUCACAAAGAGAUAAAAUGUGUUCAAGGUCUACCCUUGUGGCGGAAUAGUUCAAUAACAAUCAAUGCGGAGACAUUUAAGGGUUACCGGAAAGGGAAAACUGGGGAAGGGAUAAGUGAAGUUGCAAUGGCCUAUGAUUUCCAGGACUCAAAUGAGAAGCGUUUCAAUGUGCUUGCAAUUUAUAACUCGACUUACCAGAAUAUCUCUUAUAUUCCAAUGCCAUUCGGACUUCUGCGUGUUUCACGAUCACUGAAUGCGGUCUCAAAUGCCUAUCUCCAAUUUCUACAAGGUCAAGGUUCAGGCAUAAAAAUGUUGCUUGAGUUCUCAAAAGAAAUGCCUAAGCAAGCGACUCGUCUGACGAUUGAUUUUUCUUCUCUUGCUGGUCCUCUCUUUUUUGAAUGGGUUGUCGCAUUACUUUUCCCGGUUAUGCUGACAUACCUUGUAUACGAGAAGCAACAAAAGCUCCGGACAAUGAUGAAAAUGCACGGGCUUGGGAACGGCCCUUACUGGAUUAUCUACUACGCCUACUUCCUUACUUUGUCUACAGUGUAUCUUUUGUUGUUUGUCAUUUUUGGAUCCGUCAUAGGUCUAAGUUUUUUCAAGGAGAACGACUACAGUAUCCAGUUUGUUUUCCUCUUCAGUUUCAUUAACCUGCAGAUUGUAUUAUCCUUCCUAGCUGCAGCAUUCUUUUCAAAAGUUAAUACUGCUCAAGCAAUUGCAUACUUGUACAUAUUUGGAUCAGGGUUAAUGGCAGGAUCUCUUAUUCGCAAUUUUAUUGAAGGUGGAAAAUUUCCAUCACAUUGGAUUACAGUUCUGGAGAUAAUACCUGCAUUUUCUUUAUACCGAGGAUUAUAUGAGCUUAGCCAAUAUGCCAUUAGGGCUUCGGAAACAGGAAAUCCUGGCAUGCGAUGGAGUGAUCUAAGUGAUGAAUCAAAUGGAAUGAGGAAUGUGCUGAUCAUUAUUAUUGUCGAGUGGUUGGUUUUGCUUCCUGUUGCAUAUUAUUUUGACCAUGCUGCUGCAGUUGGACACAGAUCAAGUCCCAUUUCUAUAGUCAAACGUCUUCUAAGGAAGAAUCCCACUUGGAGAAAGAUAGCUGUUAACGAAGUAGCCGAUAGGCCUGCUAAUGAUGUUCAUGUAGAAAUGGAGAAGCUAGACAUUAUCGAAGAAAGGAAGACUGUUGAUCAAGUACUACAGCAACGGUAUAGUGGCUAUGCUGUUAUAUGUGACGAUCUCAAGAAAGUAUAUCAUGGAAAGGAUGGCAACCCUGAUAAGCAUGCUGUUCGAGGUCUAUCACUUGCUUUACCAUACGGAGAGUGUUUGGGUAUUCUUGGUCCUAAUGGAGCUGGCAAGAGCUCUUUUAUUAGCAUGAUGAUUGGAUUCACAAAGCCAACAUCAGGGAAUGCAUUUGUACAGGAUUUCAGCAUACAUACUGACAUGGAUAACAUCUACAACAGCAUGGGGGUUUGCCCACAGAAUGAUAUGCUUUGGGAGAUGCUGACUGGCAGAGAACAUCUCCAAUUUUAUGGUCGCCUGAAGAGUCUCAGUGGCUCUACUUUGGACCUUGCUGUUGAAGAAUCUUUAAGAAGUGUAAAUUUACUUCUUGGUGGUGCUGCUGAUAAGCAAGUUAGGAAGUACAGCGGUGGCAUGAAGAGGCGUCUUAGUGUCGCAAUCUCACUGAUUGGACACGCUAAAGUAGUGUACAUGGAUGAGCCCAGUACUGGACUGGAUCCAGCCUCGAGGAAGAGUCUCUGGAGUGCAGUGAAGCAAGCAAAGCAAGAUAGAGCAAUCAUACUUACGACCCAUUCCAUGGAAGAAGCCGAAGCUCUCUGCGAUCGGCUGUGUAUUAUGGUAGAUGGAAGGCUCCAAUGCAUAGGAAGGCCUCAAGAGCUCAGAGCUAGAUAUGGAGGCUAUUAUGUCCUGACGAUGACGACAUCCUCAGAGUUCGAACACGAGGUUGAGAAUUUGGUACUUAAGCUCUCGCCAAAUGCAAGAAAGGUAUAUCAUUUGUCAGGAACACAGAAAUAUGAGCUGUCGAAGCAAGAAGUUAGGAUUGCAGAUGUCUUCAUGACUGUGGAGAAUUUCAAGAAGAGAAUUGAAGUGCAAGCAUGGGGCCUCGCGGACACCACCAUGGAAGAUGUGUUUGUCAACGUCGCCACAGGGGCGCAGUCGAGUGACCAACUCUCUUAGCCUGGCGCAAGAUCCUACUUGUGAUGUUUCCCUGUCCACUAGGUAGAAAUUCCUUUUGUGAAGCCAAUGAUUUGCUCGACUUGUAUUUGCUUGCCCCUUUUUUAGGUAGUUGUAGUUGUAUGUGUAUGAUUAUUAUUAUGUUCAACAUGUAUAUGCUUAUGUGUACAAUCAGAAAAUGGACCUAAAACAAGCUUUUAUUCUUUAUUUAAUACUAGUACAUAUUUUCUUUUCC